AUGCCGAAGAGUGCGUUAGGGAAAUAUAAUGCCAUUUCUGAGUUUUGGAGUCAUUAUCUAAGGGGUACACGUGGUGUAAUGGAAGACAAUAACCAAACUUGGGGCAGUUAUUUUAUCAUUAAUGGCAUUACAGACCUUCCUAGCGUCCAGGCCCCUAUCUUUGCACUGGUGUUGCUUAUUUAUAUGUCAAUUCUUUUUGGAAACCUGACCAUUCUGUCUCUGAUUAUCUCCAAUAUCUGUCUUCAUACUCCUAUGUACUUCUUUCUGGGUAAUCUGUCCAUUCUGGACAUGGGUUAUACCACUGUCACCAUGCACAAGAUCUUAAUUACCUACACCUCAGGGGAUAAGAGUGUUUCAUUUUUGGGGUGCCUCUCUCAGAUGUAUUUUUACGUAGCUUUUUUAUGCUGUGAAUUUAUGCUGCUGACGGCCAUGAGCUUUGACCGCUUUGUUGCUAUCUGUAAACCCUUGCAUUAUUCGGUGAUCAUGAAGAGCAAGUCCAAAGAAAUCAAUCACUUUUUCUGUGAUCUCUUAGCUUUCAUGAAACUUUUUUGCAACAAUGUGCAUAGUAUGGAGAAUUUGCUCCACAUUGAAUCAGUGUUUAUUGGGUUCCUUCCAUUUUCACUCACUAUAAUGUCGUACGUCUACAUUAUCAGGACAAUACUGAAGAUCAAGACGACCACUGGAAGACGUAAGGCAUUCUACACUUGCUCUUCACAUCUCAUGGUUGUGUUUCUUCUCUAUGUGACCAUUUUCUGUCUAUAUCUGAGACCCACCACAAACAUUACUCUGGAUUCUGAUAAGUUUUUUUCUCUCUUUUAUAUCACUCUGACUCCCAUGCUGAACCCAAUAAUUUACAGCCUGAAGAAUAAAGAUGUAAAAUUAGCUUUCCAGAAUCUAAUAAACCACAAAAUUCCUUACAACAGGGAACGUCAUACGAACCUCAUAAACAUUACCCCAAUAAAGAGUCGAAAGAGAGACCUAGAGGACGAAGAUCAGGGAGAAGACAGCAAAAAAGGUCGAAUGGAAAGAUCUUAG